UUGAAGGUUUUUUCUAACGGAUUAAAAUCAGCUUAAUGCAUUGCAGCUCGAUGCCAUUUCAUUUUCAGACAAACAAAAUUCUUAAAUAAUCAAUUUCUUUUACUUUUAUUUCAUAUCGGCCCACACAGCCUCCACUGCACUCCUCCCGGCCCCGGAUCCUUCUUCUGAUGUGUUCUGUGUUUUCUAAUCGCUGAGAGUUCUGAGGUUGGAGUUAAGCAUUCUAGGAAGGAGUGGGAAGAUAUGGAAGCUUGUAGCGUGUUGUCUAGGUCUGAGCGAUGUUGUAGACCUAGACAUCACAUGCGCCCCAACGCCGUGGCGUUAUACUAUACGUUUUCGAGAAGCUUAACCCUCUCUCAGACACAGCCAUCAACAUCAACUGCUGACUGGAUGGAUGGUGGAGCUCCACACAUCAACACACACCGAGGCACUAGCGCACAUUCGCGUAGUCGGUGAACCUUCGUCCUGACGUCAUCAUGAAAAGAACCGGACUUGAGCUGGGAGCAGAGUAGAACGUUCACUAAUUGGUUGGCGGGGACCGGCAAAAACAACGGGUUCUGCGACAGUCCUGAAUUACGCUAUCAUUUUGUAACAGCGACAACAUGGCGUAGAUCACUAUGUCGAACGUCAAAUUGCCCCCUGGGGACAAAUAAAGUUUUUUUGAAUUUGAAUUUGAAAUAACACACACCAAGAUGUUCUUUGGGUUUACUGGCACUUCAAAGUAACGGAGACAAAAGGAGACAUGUUGUCCUUCUCUCCCCCCCAGCGGGGGCUCUCUCCUGGCCGGCGGCGGGGGGCUCCUCCCCGGUCCCGUCCGUCCCCGGUCGAGUCCGGGCGCUGGCCGGGUCCUGUGUGUCGGUCCCCUGCUCCUUCACCCCCCUGGCUGCUCCCCUCUGGAGAGGCGGGGGCCAGUCGGAGGUCCGGCUGACGUUCACAGGAGGACGCCGCUUCCCUUCGAGGAGCACCGCCUUCAACAGCGAGGACCCCCGUCACGUGCAUGGGCGGGGAGUACCUAAGACGGACCUCCCUCCACGGGCGGAUCUCAGAGGGGGACUGCUCGCUGAGACUGGACCCGGUCCGCCUGCAGGACUCACGGGCUUUUGAGGUCGCCUUGAAGGGCCCGGAGGAGGGGUACUGGGGGACCCCGAGGGCCUUCACCCUGGAGGUCUCUGAACACCCUGAGUCCCCCGUCAUCAGCGGGCCGGUUUCCGUCACCGAGGGACGGCCCGUCUCCCUGAACUGUACGGUGGGCUCCUUCUGCCCGUCCAGACCGCCCGUGCUGCGCUGGCACUGGGAGAGAGGAGCCCCGCCCAACAGCAGCAGCAGGGAUGGAGGGGGACGUCAGCUCCUCCUCCAACGCCAGCCCAACCGGCCCCUACUGCUCUCCUCGCUCUCCUUCACCGCCUCCUCCACGGCCAAGCCCAGAGUCCGGUGUGAAGCCGCCUACCCUGGAGGAGCCGUCGUGGGCGCGCUCAGGGAGGUCCACAUCACCUGUAUGCACCCUCCCUCCAGACAUCCUGCUCCACAUUCAGUUCACCCGCCGGAUUUGAGGGUGGAGGUGCGCCUCCUGGUGGUGCUUGAGGGGGGCAGCGUGCUGCUGGAGUGUGCGUGUAAGGCCGACCCCCCUGUCACCACCUACCGCUGGUCCUACGUACUGCACGGCCGCACCGUGGCCCUCGACGCGCACACGCACGCAUCUACAACGCAACCAGAGGCAUACAAACCACUCAUCCUGCGCCCGCUCUCGUCCUGUUUGCUCGCGGAGUUUGAGGUCACAUGUGUCUGUAUCGUGAACUCGGACCCGCGGGCUGCGGUGAGGUGGAGUGUGAACGGGAGUGUGCCCUCUGGUGGGUACAACGUGUCGGUGGAGGGGUACUCGAGUGAAGUGAGAUCAUGGCUGCGCUGGCGGAUGGACGGAUGGCAAAGGGUCACAUGUCUGGCGGAGAACCAGCUGGGAGAUGACUCGCUGACCCUCAUGCAGCCCGGAGAAGGCGUGUGUUGA